CUCUCCUUCUCGGGCUUCUGCCUAGGCUAAGGUACCGCUUCAGCGGAGCUUCGGUUUGUGUAGCACUGUACUCGAGUACUGUACAGCACUUGGGAAUCCUCUCUCGAUAGUCUUCAAUAGAUAAAAUCAAUUUAUUUUUCAUAGCGGGCCGAAAGAGUAGACUGCCGCCGAUCGUGUCUGCGGCCCUGACGGCACCACGUCCAAGAGGCAAAGCCAGCUCAAACACGCCUACCCCGCUAGUGCACGGCCGAUAGGUGCGGCAAUUUGCUUCUACGGUAAGCAUCUUCCCUCCCUCCCUCUUUUAUUCUAAUCUUGAUUUCCCUGCCCCCCGUUCGCUCAGCUCAUUGCCCCACUUCGCCGUAUUCUGGCAGCCACUUUACCUUAGACUACUUUGCCUGCCUUCCUUGCUUUAUCCCAUCGCUUCACCUCUUUCCCGCCCGCCAUCAAUCCGCCAACAAAUCAAUUGGGGGGUCGGUGUGGUGUGCUUUUCUCUCUUGCUCGUAUAUCGGUGCGCCGCCAGAACGGUGGAGGUGAUGGCGCCUGGGGGCGCGGCGGUAAGGAGUGUAAUGGUUGGUUACGGUAUCGUAGUUGGUUGCAGGUGGACUGAUGGGGUAAGAUUUGCUCUGGGCAGAUAGAUCGGAUUCAAACGGGGGAUGAAAAGUUGAGCUGGAAUAGAAUGGGAGGGUGACGGCGCAGCAGCUGCGGGGGCGGGGAUCAAUGGCGGCGGAGGCAGUACCCAGGCUGGCGGUGCGGGAAGGGAGGGGUGUGUGUGAAGGUGCUGCACUCACUCACAAGGAGGAGGAACAGGAGGGUGCCCACUGGAUAAAAUGGGGGGGGGGUUGGUAGACUGUCGUGGCACAUGUAAUUUAUGUGCUCAAGCAUGUGCUUCCGUUGUUGUUACUCGAGUACACGCACCCUAUCGUACUCGAGUACACCACUCACUCGGUCGUUGCAAGCAGGCAAUCAAUGGAUCACUGGACAUGCUCAUCGCACACCACGCAGCCGCUCUGCCGGAGAAACCUUGUUUCCUUCCUUCCUUCCUUUCCCUUCCCUCCCUCCCUCCCUCCCUCCCUUCUUCUCUAUUUGCUUUUCUCCCGCGGAUUUUUUCCAAUUUUCCAAUUUCGCAUUUUCCAUUUUGCCGCUGCUGGCGGUGCUCGCACAUGUCUUUUUGAGUACAGUAUGACAGUUUGAGGGUUAUCCCGGUGAUUGGUUGGAGGGGGUGGUGAAGCUAAUAAUCUAUAGUUUGUCCAAGUACUACUCGGGUACUCGAGUACUUGUUAAUUGUGCACAUAUCUGUGCGCAUCUGGUUGUCCCCGUUUGUUUUGUUUUUUUCGUUUUUUCAAACAGGAUGUGCACGCCCCCUUGCGAUAGUACUUGUAACACCUACGAGUACGGUAGUUGAGCGGGCUAAGUGUCGCAUCGGUAAUAAGUGCUAGGCAUCGCCGUAUCAUAGGCGGGAGUGAGUUGCUGUAACUAAGGGAUUGCGUGCGCCAUAGUCCCACAUGCCCAAAAUACAGGAGUAGAGGAUUCAAGUACAAUUCUUUUCUUCACGGACACUCGUAUCUCCUUUCCACGGUGGCUUAGUUGAUCUGACCACGUUAGAAGCUAGCAAUAGCGGGGAUUUAUCGACAAUAAAGAGGAUCUAGGGCCUCGGAAACUUUUCAUUGCACACAGUUGGACGUCCUGGUGUUUUUCCCGGAUCCGGGAAGCGGAGCCGUAGGAUACAAGUACGCAGUAUGGUAGGACUGUUUCGGCGCUUCUCCUACAUACCCCGGACUCUAGGGUAUCAUAAUAGCAGUAUGCCGGGGGGGCGCAAAGAGUGCUGUGAGAGAGUAUGAGAUAGUAAAAGAUGGGGAAAAGGGUCUGGACUUUCAUUGGCUAUGGUAAAAUUUGCUCCCAAUCUCCGCUCUCUCUCUUGCAGAAAGCCACAAGGUAAUUGAGAAGUACAGUAUUUAGUUCACUCGCUCUUGACAAGACAAUAUGUCGUCAGGGCGCAUUGAGGUCGGGGGAUAGGGGGGGGGGAGCUGUGACCUCUUCUAUCCUCC